GAUCGUGGCCGCGGCGUUCAAUUUCGACGCGCGCUUCCCUCUUUAAAGCCCCUUGCCGGCGCCUCGCCGCGCAGUGUGUUGUGUCCUCCCCAAGUGCGCGCGUUCGCUCGAUCCAUGGCCAUGGAGGACGACGAGAACGCGACCCAGAAGAGCCGCUUCUUCCGCGACGCGCGCGUGGAGGCCAUGCAGCGGCGCGUGGACGAGGUGCACGCGGAGGCCGAGGACCCCUGCACCAUCUUCCGCCUCCCCGCGGCCGUGCGCGAGCGCCACCCCGACCUGUACGAGCCCAAGGUCGUGUCCGUGGGGCCCUACUACCACGGCCGCGCCGGGCUCGCCGCCGCGCAGCAGCACAAGUGGCGCCUCCUGCGCGACUUCCUGUCGCGGGCAAACGGGAAGGGGCUGGGCGCCUACUUGCGCUGCGCGAGCGCGCUCGAGGCCGACGCGCGGCGGUGCUACGCGGAGGGGUUCGACGCCGUGGGAGCCGACGACUUCGCGGAGAUGCUGGUGCUCGACGGCUGCUUCCUGCUCGAGUUCUUCCUGCGGAAGGGCGAGGGCCAGCUCGCCGCGCCCGGGGGCGCCAAGUGGGCGUGGCAGCACAUGUACCACGACGUCCUCCUGCUCGAGAACCAGAUCCCCUUCUUCGUCGUCGAGAAGCUGCACGCCAUCGCCUUCCCCGGCGAGGACGGCAGGCCCGACAGCGAGGGGCUCCUCGACAUCUUCUGCAAGGCCCUGGCCGGCGACCUGCCGUCGAGCCGCGCCAUCCGGCCGCGGAGCGGCAAGACGAUACACCACCUCCUGCACCUGCACUACGAGUGCAACGUCCGCAGCGCGUCCGCGGACGCCAGCGACGCCAAGGGGCGCAGCAACGGCAAGGCCGACGCCAACGGCGCCUCGUCGCUGGCCGUGUGGAAGCAGUCGCCGGUCCCGUCCCCGCGCUCCAGCGACGGCGCCGUGAUGGGCCGGCUGACGUCGAUGGUCCCGCAGGCGGCCAAGAUGGAGGAGGCCGGCGUGACGUUCAAGAGGAAGGCGACCCCGCGCGACAUGUUCGACGUGAGCUUCCGGUACGGCGUGCUGCACAUGCCGGCGUUCGUGGUGGACGAGGCCGCCAAGGUGCUGCUGGCCAACCUGGUGGCGUUCGAGCAGGGCGGCGGCCGCGCCGCCAGGCAGCUGGACGGGGGCAACCUGGUGACGGGGUUCGUGGCGCUGGUGGGGUCCCUGGUGAACACGACGAGGGACGUGGAGGUGCUCCGGCGGUGUGGCGUCAUGCACUGCAUGCUCACCCACGACGAGGCCGUCAGGUACUUCAGCCACGUGGUGCAAUACACGACCAUGGACUACGACCGCCACCUGCUCGCCUGCUUGUUCCGAGACAUCCGAGAGCACUGCCAGUGGAGCCGAUGACCGAUCGUGCGCACGUAGCUGAUUCUUUGCUCGACUAUUAUUAAGUCGAUCUCCACCACUUUGUUUCUGCUCUACAUGCCAAUACGUUUCCUUUUUUCUGUUCUACUCUCUUUUUUUCCAAUGGUUACUCUACUCUCUCUUGUCACAAAAUAUAAAGAUGUACUCCCUCCAUCGCAAGGUGUAUU